AAUAAAUUCAGAACAUCUGUGGUGCUCAGAUCUUUACUAGACCAGGGCUCUCAGGCAUCUUUCAUCACGGAAUCGGCCGUGCAGUUGUUAGGUCUCAAAAAGAUGCCUGGGAAAAGUUUAGUAUCAGGCUUAGGCGGUGAUAAAGGCUUGACUAUGACGUCAAGUUCGGCAGUGCUCAUCAAAAUUCAAUCCCGCCUAGACCCCAGCUUUGUCGUAACUGUCAAGGCUUACGUUUUGAACAAGGUAACUUCUUUGUUACCCACGAGGAAAGUUUCUUUUGAAAUGACUCCAGCAUUUUCGUCUAUGGUCUUAGCAGAUCCAUUUUUUGAUACUCCUAACAAAAUAGAUCUGCUUUUAGGAGCUGAAGUUUAUAGCCAAAUUUUGUUGGAUGGUUUAUACAAGGGUGCACCGGGUUCUUUAAUUGCACAGAAUACCAAGCUCGGUUGGAUCCUCUCUGGCAGAACACUUCAGCAAUUCAACCAAGACGAAACGUGCCAUAAUGUCAUCGUAAAUAUGCACACUGAGAUGUGUGACGACCAUUUGCUGAAAAAAUUUUGGGAAUUGGAGGCUGAGCCGUCCUUACCCAAAAUGAAAAUGCUCACAGCAGAGGAACAAGCCUGUGAAGAUUUAUUUUCUCAGACUACUAAAAGAGAUGUAGAUGGUCGUUACAUAGUUAAAUUGCCUUUUAAAUCAGUCGAUCCGCCGUGUAAACAAGGUGAUUCUAAACGUAUUGCCUUCAAGAGGUUCCUCAUGUUAGAAAACCGCUUGAUAAAAAAUCCUGACCUCAAAAGGGAUUACACAAAGGUUAUUCAUGAAUAUCAUGAUAUGAACCACAUGGAAAAGGUUAGUGACCCCCUGUCUCCUGGUGUUUACAUUCCUCAUCAUGUUGUGAUACGGCAAGACAAGACGACCACCAAGAACCGCGUAGUAUUUGACGCUUCUUGUACUGACUCAAACGGAGUUUCACUCAACGGUGAUCUGAUGAUAGGUCCGACUCUACAACCAGAGCUGAGGCACUUGAUUAUGAGGUGGCGGUGCUUUCCGAUUUCACUUGUCGCUGACAUAGUGAAAAUGUACCGACAAGUGAAGGUGGCGGAGGAGGAUACAGAUUUCCAAAGGAUUUUAUGGCGUGAAAACCGUGAGUCAGAUGUGCAACAUUAUAGACUCCUAAGAGUUACCUUUGGGUUAUCAUGUGCACCCUACUUGGCUGUUCGAGCUCUACAGCAAUUGGCUUAUGACGAGGGUUCAGAUUUUCCAUUAGCCUCUCCUAGAGUCCUGAACGACUUCUAUAUGGAUGAUCUGUUAACGGGCUGUCACUCUGUAUCCGAAGGAGCACAAAUCUUCCAAGAAAUGACUCAAUUGCUAGCGCGUGGUGGGUUUCCUCUGCAAAAAUGGUCAACAAAUAAUAAGGAGCUGGCAGCUUUGAUGAAUGAGGAUACGCCUGCGAAAGAUUUAGAGCUGAAAACAGACGAUAUUAUGAAGAUCUUGGGAUUAGCUUGGGAUAGAGAGUCUGAUGAGUUUCGUUGUAUAGUUACACUUCCUCCUUUAGAAUGCCCAGUUACGAAACGUAAAGUCAUCUCUGAUAUAGCUCGUUUGUACGAUCCCUUGGGUUGGAUAGCCCCGGCUAUAACAAUGGCUAAAAUAUUCAUCCAAAGAUUGUGGUUGUCGGGUAUCGAAUGGGAC